UACAUACAUCAACUCUUUAUCUUCCUAUUAACCCACAACUGGGAAGGAUUAUCUCCACUUCAUAGAUGCGGAUUUAACUGCAGCAUCGGGGGUAAAACAAAAGUAGGAUAGAUGACUAGGGGGCYUGAAUUUCUUUUACUGACGAUGGUCGUCAAGUCGGAAAGCUUCCUCCUGUUGCAAUUUUCUCCAGCAAAGAAGAUUAAAAUAAGAGGAUAACGUGUAAAGGGAAAAAAAGUCUAUGGAUGGAGGAUCCACUCCGCCUAACGGCAUGAGGCUCGCGACGCCGCAAGAGGGAAGAAGGGCAGAGCGGCAGAAGGACCCUAAGCACUGGAGGGGGCGGGGCUAGGACAGUCAUUUCCGYUCGCCGGAAGCUGAAAGCCGCCCUCUGGGUAGCGGGCAGAACCUCUCGCAGAGUCUUCCUGGUCGGAGCGGCGAGCACGGGUGAGAGUUGGGGAUGUACGCGCGACGUUCUUGGCCUUUGCCGGGAGAGGCCGGCAGCAGGAUGGCUGAGGAGGAGGUCCAGGGCCGCCUGUGGCUGGAGAGCGCCGCUGGGGGAGCCCCUCCCAUCUUCCUGCCUUCUAACCGGCAGGCUCUGGUCCUGGGCAGGGGUCCCCUCACUCGUGUUACGGACCGGAAGUGCUCCAGAAACCAAGUGGAGCUGGUUGCAGACCCUGAGACCCGGACAGUGGCUGUGAAACAGCUGGGCGUUAACCCUUCAACUGCUGGAACCCAGGAGUUGAAACCAGGGUUGGAGGGCUCUCUGGGGGUGGGGGACACACUAUAUUUGGUCAAUGGCCUCCACCCACUGACCCUGCGCUGGGAAGAGACCCAUACAUCAGGAUCCCAGCCAGAUACUCCGCCUGGCACCUCUCCAGUAGCUUCAGAUGAAGAGCAGGAGGAGGAUGCUAAGCAGCAGAAAAAGCGCUUAAGGAUGUCAUCCCCUGGCUGGGAGAGCUUGGAGAAGCUGCUAGUGUUCACAGCACCUGGGGUGAAGCCUCGGGGCAAGGUAGCUGCCUUUGAUUUGGAUGGGACCCUCAUCACCACCCGCUCUGGGAAGGUGUUUCCCACUGGCCCCAGUGACUGGAGGGUCUUGUACCUAGAGAUUCCACGCAAGCUGAAGGAGUUGGAAGCAGAAGGCUACAAGCUGGUGAUCUUCACCAACCAGAUGGGCAUUGGACGAGGGAAACUGCCAGCAGAGGAGUUCAAGGCCAAGGUGGAGGCUGUGGUAGAGAAGCUGGGGGUUCCCUUUCAGGUGCUGGUGGCUACCCAUGCAGGCCUGUAUCGGAAGCCGGUGACUGGCAUGUGGGACCAUCUGCAGGAGCAGGCCAACGAGGGCGUGCCCAUCUCUGUGGGGGACAGCAUCUUCGUGGGAGAUGCAGCAGGCCGCCCAGCCAACUGGGCCCCUGGCCGUAAGAAGAAAGACUUUUCCUGCGCUGACCGAUUGUUUGCACUCAACCUUGGCCUGUCCUUCGCCACCCCGGAGGAGUUCUUCCUUAAGCAGCCCRCAGCAGCCUUUGUCCUCCCAGCAUUUGACCCGAGGACUGUCUCCUGUUCAGGGCCUCUCUGCCUCCCAGAGUCCAGCUCCCUCCUGAGCUCUGACCCAGAGGUGGUUGUCGCCGUGGGAUUCCCUGGGGCUGGGAAGUCCACCUUCCUCAAGAAACAUCUCGUGUCAGCUGGGUACGUCCAUGUGAACAGGGAUACGCUAGGCUCCUGGCAGCGCUGUGUGAGCACCUGUGAGGCAGCUCUGAAGCAGAGGAAACGCGUGGUGAUCGACAACACAAAUCCAGACAUCCCCACCAGGGCCAGGUAUGUCCAGUGUGCCAGGGAUGCAGGUGUUCCCUGCCGUUGUUUCCUCUUCACUGCCACAUUGGAGCAGGCUCGCCACAACAACCGGUUCCGGGAGAUGACUGGCUCCUCUCACACACCAGUGUCAGAUGUCGUCAUAUUCGGCUACAGGAAACAGUUCGAAGCUCCUACGGUGGUGGAAGGCUUCUCUGCAAUCCUGGAGAUCCCAUUCCAGCUGCAGCUAGAGCCGCAACUAGAGCGACUCUACCGGCAGUUCUCUGAGGGCUGAGUUGCCCAGCCCCAUGCUCCCCUCCCUGACCUGGCAAUAAAUACUAUUUUUCUCCAAGCUUGGCCAGCAUUUUGCUGGGAGGAAGGGUGGUCAUCUUGGAGGUGCGUCACCAGGCCUGGGCCAACACCCCCCCACACACGC